AGCAAUGGAUGGCAAAUCUGUUGCUGUCACUUUGGUUCUCUGCUUGGUCUCAAUGGCAGGGUCAGAAGGUAAGGCCCUGGAGAAGACCGAUGAAAGAGGCUCCCAAUGCCAGUGCAUAAGCACUCAUUCCAAGUUCAUCCCUCCCAAGACUAUUCAGGAUGUGAGAUUAAGACAAAGAGGACCUCACUGCAAACAUGUGGAAAUCAUAGCUACGCUGAGAGAUGGCAGGGAAGUGUGCGUGGAGCCCGCUGCACCCUGGAUCCGGCUCACUGUAAAGACUCUGCUGGCCAGGGCCAAGGACAAUGUUGAGUCACCAGUCAAAGAAAAGUCAAGGAAGAAUAAACCUUGGAUUUCUGCAAGGAUGUGAAAUGAGAGAAAGCAUUGCUGCUGAGAAU